AUGGGAAUGCUGGUGAGAGCAGCUGUGCUCAUGAGCUCUUUCCUCUUCUGCAACGCUUUUCUGGACCUGACUGGCCCCAGUGAGAUCAAAGGUGUAUGGAAGGGAUUUGCCACCUUGCCAUGUGCCUACGUGCCUGUGAAGGACUUUGAGCAGCAAACUCUCACAUGGACUGUGGUACAUGACCAGAGCUCUGGUGCUAUUUUUAGGAGGGAUAGCUCUGGAGACCACAUUCUCCUGUCUGAGUAUAGGGACAGGGUCAGUGUCCCAAAAGAUGCCCCAGGAAAUGUGUCUCUCCACAUCCUGAGCCUGGAGAUCUCUGACAGGGGAAGCUACACUUGCCAGGUCACCUGGAGAGCAAGAAACAACAGCCUGAUAGCAAGAGAGAUCACCACUAAAGUGGAGGUUGUUAAAGUUGCAGUGACCAAGCCAAUCAUCAGGGCCAGCGAGCUGGGGCUGAAGGUCCCAGCAGGAGCCAGGACCAGCCUGACCUGUGAGGCCAGUGGGUCCCCCCCCAUCAGCUACCGCUGGUUCAGGAGCACCCCGGAAGGCAAAGCUCUGCUCCUGAGCAGCCAGGCUGAGCUGGCAUGGGACAGCCUACAUCCCUCUGACUCUGGGGUGUACUACUGUGAGGCAGAGAACAAGGUUGGGGGCAGGACCAUGCAGCAGAGCGAUGCUGUGGAGCUGACUGUCACAGAUCUGACCACAACACCAGUGGCCUUCCCAAGGGACGUGGCAACCUCAGGGACACACCACCCAGCCACAGGUCAGGAAAAAAACCAAACAGAGUUGGUGUUCAGAGGUACCUCAGCAGUCUCUUGGACUCCGUGGGACUUCACCACUGUCACAGGUCUGCCCAUCACAGCAGUAACCUCAGAGAAUGCUGUGGGGUAUCCAGAAAAGAACUAUACAACUCAGGGCUUCCAGAAGACUGGCCUGUCCCUGUACCUGGUCAUCCUGAUUGCUGUGAUUUGUGGUGCUGUGCUUUUCCUUGUCAUCGCUGUUAUCGUUUGCAUUAGAAAGCCCAAAGAUGCUCAAGUCUACGAGGUAACAUUCCAUAACUCGAGAGCAACAGCUUCUUCAAGGUUUGAAAGUACAGCUUAUUAUGAGGAGCCCAUCACCUCCACUGAAAACAACUAUGUGAUGGAGCCCACAGAAAAGAAAUCGGAAGAAAUGAAUAUGAAAAAGAACGAAUGUGACUGUGUUGGAAACACCCAGGAAUCUGAAUAUGAAGUAGGGGAGGUUGUAUGA